UCCGCUCUGCCGCGCCCCCGCCCCACAGGGCUCCACGAUCAGCACCCAGGACAGCGCCACCGCCCGUGAGCGGGAGCGGGGGCGGGGCAGGGCGGGGCCGACGCCUCGGUGGCUCCGGGGAGGGUGCAGUUCAGCCGCCGAGCAGGGUGCUUGGGUGUCUCCGCAGAAAGGACGUUAAGACCCCACCGCCAUGUUCCCGGAGGCCCCAACUGCGGCGCCUCCGGCUCCCGACACGCCUCCUGAUUCAAGUCGCAUCAGCCACCGCCCUGUGCCGCCCUGGGCUCUGGCCACGAUCGUGCUGGUCUCAGGCUUCCUUGUCUUCAGCUGCUGUUUCUGUCUCUUCCGGAAGCGUUGUCGGAGGCGGAUGGGCAAGAAGAGCCAGGCCCAAGCCCAGGUCCACCUUCAGGAAGUGAAGGAGCUGGGCCGGAGUUACAUAGACAAGGUGCAGCCGGAAGUGGAGGAGCUGGAGCCGACAUCGUCUGGUCCAGGGCAGCCACUGGCAGAGAAACAUGAGCUAGGACAACUGCAGUACUCACUGGAUUAUGAUUUUCAGAGCGGCCAGCUGCUGGUGGGCAUCCUGCAAGCUGAGGGGUUGGCAGCCCUGGACCUGGGUGGCUCUUCUGACCCCUAUGUUCAGGUCUACCUGCUGCCAGACAAACGCAGGCGGCAUGAGACCAAAGUGCAUCGCCAGACGCUGAACCCACACUUUGGAGAGAAUUUUGCCUUCAAGGUCCCCUACGUGGAACUGGGGGGCAGGGUCCUGGUCAUGGCGGUGUACGACUUCGAUCGCUUCUCUCGCAACGAUGCUAUCGGGGAGGUGCGGAUCCCCAUGAGCUCCGUGGACUUGGGGCGGCCAGUGCUGGCCUGGCGCGAGCUGCAGGCGGCUCCGCGGGAGGAGCAGGAGAAACUAGGAGACAUCUGCUUCUCCCUCCGCUAUGUCCCCACUGCCGGGAAGCUCACCGUCAUCGUCCUGGAGGCCAAAAACCUGAAGAAGAUGGACGUAGGAGGGCUGUCAGAUCCGUAUGUCAAGGUACACCUGCUGCAGGGCGGCAAGAAGGUGCGCAAGAAGAAAACGACCAUCAAGAAGAACACUCUGAACCCCUAUUACAACGAGGCCUUCAGCUUCGAGGUGCCCUGUGAUCAGGUCCAGAAGGUGCAGGUGGAGCUGACUGUGCUGGACUACGACAAGCUGGGCAAGAACGAGGCCAUUGGGAGGGUGGCCGUGGGGGCGGCGGCUGGCGGGGCUGGCCUGCGGCACUGGGCAGACAUGCUGGCCAACCCCCGGCGGCCCAUUGCCCAAUGGCACUCGCUGCGGCCCCCUGACCGAGUGAGGCUGCUGCCUGCGCCCUGACCACCCCAAGCCCAUUGCCAAGCCUAGACUUGGCCCCUGACCCCGGGCUCCUGGCCAAAGCCACGGCCCAGGCCCACUUUCAAGCACUGCCCCCACGAUCCCCCUCCCGCCCCAAUCACCUGCCAACGCUGCCACCAAGCACAAACCCAGAAGCCCCAGGGAUCCCCGGGGGAGGGGAGCAGUCUGGCCUGCCCCCACUCCCACCCUGGGGUCCCUUCCUCUGCUCUGACAAUCAGUGACCCCAGCCUCCUGAUCCCUGCACUCCCAACGCCAGUGUUCCUGCACAGGAUCACCCACUCCUGCCCCCAGUCUUGAUCCCUUCACUGAUCCUGGGACCAAAUAAAUACUC